AUGGCUGCGAAUGGCGAUGCUAAGACAAAUCCAGCGUUUUACAAACAACCAGUAACUCAACUUUCUAAUUUCAUUGGUCAGUGGGUUGAAAUAUACAAUGAUAAUCCCCACUAUAAUCUGACAGAUCGUCGAAAUACAACACUUUCUGUACUGCCACCACUUAAAUUUCCAUGUUUAAUGCAAAUUGUAGAUUAUGACUAUUCAAACAUCGUUACGCAAAACAUUCGACUAAAAUGCUGGCUGUUGGAAAAUGAAGUAAAUAUGUCCACAGUUCAAUCAUAUUUCAAUCCUUCUUUUGCAAAUAUGGAACUGACAUGGGUCAAAAGAUGGGUUACAUUUGAUCAGAAUUGGACAUUUAAAUUUGUUGAUGAAAGUGAGCUCAGUAGCCAUCCAUCGGCUGAUUUCAUACGACAGAAAGGUGAAAUUUAUCGCAUUUGUGGCGACCGACAAGUCGAAUAUGGUGAUGGUGGUCAAUCUGAUCUCGUUUAUCCUAUAUGGAUCAAUGAACGCCUGUCCUUUCCAGAACACAGACGCCAGAGGCUGACUCGAAGACUCCUGGAGCUUAACGAACAACGCCAGGAUUUUCAUCCAGAACCAUCACCAGUAGAAGAUAUUAUUGACCCAGAUUUGUUAGCUUGUCGACCUAUGAAUACACGUUCAUGGACUGAACGGCAUUUGAAAGAGUUAGAAGAACAGAAAAAUACAUGGCCAUAUGAACGUGAUUUCAGGUGUUUCAAACGGGAUUUAGCGCAGGGGGAAUAUGACCAGCUGUCUGAUGCAAUUAAAUUACGUGAAACAUAUCAAUGGUUACCAUCGGAAUUCAUCAUUAAGAAAGAUGGUAAAAUCGACAUAUGUUCACCCAUUUAUCAGUUACCGGUAAUCUCAGAAAAUAAACAAACUUAUGGUGACAUAGCCACAAUAUUCAGUAAGAUGUUGCCAAUGUUUGAGAAAAUGAAAUUAAUUACAUUAGGUGGUAGUGGCGAAGAAGAAACGAAGUUACAGGUGAUUGUUAAAGCACAAAGUUAUAACCUGAAACCAGGUAUGAUACGUACUGAAAAAUUUCGUUCUGUUGUAUCUGGAAACGUAUCAAUCGAAAAGCGGAAUCUAGAAAGAGCUGUGUGA